CCCAAACGGAGAGUACAGUACAUACACAGAGCAAGGGAGUGUGUGACCAGUGCAUCUGGAUCGUCCCCGCUUUUGCAUGCAUCCCGGCCACGCCGCGCACGCUCGGCCGCGUUGGCUCGGAGCGUAUAAAAGGGCCGCCGUCCGCCGUCGUGGACACAAGGGAUCUCGUCACCGCACCAGCAGCGGGAGCAGCAAGCAAGCAUGUGGAAGGCAGCGAUCUCCUCCGCCCUCGUCUUCGCCGUCUUGGCCAACGCCGGUACUCUCCGCGGUGGAUACGGUGGCGCUGCUAUCGGCGGUCUCAGAGCAGUCGGCGUUGGGAUCGGAGGCGGCUACGCUGGACGUGGCUACCUCGCCGGCGGCGGUGGCGGAUACUAUGGAGGGGGCUACAGGGCCUACGAAGACAACAGGCCGAGGCCGUACAGCUUCGGCUACGUCGCUCAGGGAGCGGACGGGUCCAGCUCUCGCCAGGAGGUCGGCGACGGCAGCGGCAGCGUCCAGGGAGUCUACACCCUGAGCACGCCGGAAGGUGGCCAGCGGAAGGUCAAGUACACGGCCGACGCGGCAGGCUUCCGCGCCGUAGUCGACACCAACGAGCCCGGCACGCAGAGCGAGAGCCCCGCCGACGUGGCCCUGCGGUCGUCCUCGCCGCCGGCCUACCUGCUCGCCUCCAAGUACGGCGCCGCCGGGUCGUACGCCGGGGCCAGACCGCGAGUUGUGUACGGGGGCGCCGGCGGGCUGUACGGAGCGGGCGUCGCCCGAUACGGGGGCGCUGGCCUUUACGGGGGUCUCGGCGGCCGAGGCGUCGGAGUCUACGGCGGUGGAGCCGGUGUCGGAGUGCUCGGAAAGCACGGCGGUGGCGUCGGCUGGCACUAGUGAACCCGCCGUCUGCCUCUAUAAAUAUUUUUGUCUUUGGUACGGGAGCCCUUCUACGCCACUUUCGCCGUUUCAUAUGUAGUCCUUCUGUCCUCCAUCGUUUCGGUGUCUCGCCUUCUGCUUGCUACUGGGGACUGAGCAAGAAGCCCCGCUCGCUGGAUGCUGCAGCCGCUCAAGGUGUUGGUGACAAAUGGGUGAUGUGCUCUGCUUCACUGCGCGUUAAGAAAAUAAACGUCCAAUCGUUUGCA